AUGAAUAAUGAAUUAAUUCUGCAAAAGAACAGAUUGUAUAGAAUCCAGACGGGUGUGAAAUUGGGAGCAUUUAAUGUAUCUAGGGUUGAGGUUACGAGUAACAACAACCAAUUCCAUAGAAACGCCCACCUAUCGAUCAAACUUCACUCUCUACUAUGUGAGAAAAAUUCGUCAUCCUUCUGUCACUUCAUUGUAGUCAAAAUGAGGAGUUGGUUGGACGAAUUAAAAGAUGCGAAAAAGUCUGCUAUAGCAGACCAAAUGCUCAAAAAAGUACUGUACGAAUUGAAGGAUGGAAGAGAAUUGGUGGAAGAAUAUGAUCUUCAGUCGAAUUUAGUCACUCGAAGAGCUUGGAAGGUUAAGGACCAGCUUGGAAAACAGAAGGAAUGGGAUAUAGAAUUGGGUGACCCAGAACCUAACUCGGAAGAUUUGAGUCGGGUUUCCAUCAAGGAAAAUGCUAGUCAGCCCAUAGUUAGUAGAAGAAAUACAAAAACGAGCCUAGAAUGGAGAAUACGGAAUCUUCCUUAUCCAAUAGAAACAUAUUCAAUAACCUCUGAUGAAGAGAAAAAUACAAUAAUCGUGAGGACAACAAAUAAGAAAUACUUCAAAUCUUUAACAAUUCCAGAACUGGCAAGACUAAACGUACCUCCUAGACAAGAUAACAUUUCUUUCAUUCACAAAUUCAACACCCUUAUCAUAACUUACAAGAAACCGAAGGAGUUGUUAGAGUUCGAAAAAGCCGUCUUGGAAAUUGCGAAAAGAGUUGAAACAAAGCAACAGAAGUUCGACCCCAACAGCUGCAAGCAAAGCUAAAGAUUAUCAAGAGACCUAUUUUCCUGGUGUAUUUUAUGUUCUUCAUUCAUAUCACCUAUUUUUGGCUUUUCUGUAGAUUGAAUCUAAUUUUAUUAUGUUUUAAUUGACU